GGAAGCACCGGUCUGGUCAGUCCCGGUCCUAUAAGGACCGUACCAGUCCCAGUCCAAAAACCGGUCUAGACCGGUCUUUUGCAGGACCGAGGACAGCACCAGGUUCUCCCGAUGUUGUUCUACAAACUUACUUUAUCAAAAGUUAUAAAUACGAGUCUUCAAUGUUCAAAAGGUUAACUUCACCACUAAUGCCACCAAGAUCAAAUAGUCAAUUAACGCGCCGUAUUAACGUAACUAUAGCGUGCAACUCUUGCCGACGUAAAAAAACCCAAUGUGUGGCAUGCCCUGAUCAACUUACUAGUUGCUGUGAAUGCAUAAAACAUAAUGUUGAAUGCAUUUACUCUAUUAGCACAGGAAAACGUGGGCGCAGACCAAAGAUUAGCACAGGAAAACGUGGGUGCAAACCAAAGAUUAGCACAGGAAAACGUGGGCUCAGACCAAAGAAAGGCCGUAUACACUCUGCACAAUCUUUUGAUAAUGAGAACCCUGUGCAUUUUUCCGACAAUGAUUCUUCUACCCCCCCUUCCGAUAAUGAACCCUCGACGCCUCCUUUCGAUAAUAAUCCUGAUUUAUUUGGACCAUAUCCCCGUUUAUUUUAUGGCGUGUCACAAGAAGAAUUAAAACUAAUUUCAAACUCGUUUAAUGAAGAUAAAAUAUCAGACGUAUUAGAUACCCUCACAUCGACUUCACUAUUGCCUUGCCCAUCUCAAAAAAUUCCAGGACAUUACUGUCAUGAAGGAUGCAUUAUUAAAAUAAUCGUAGGUAUUCAAUAA